CUUUGAUUUCAAAAGAUAAUAAUGUUUAAGUUUCCUAUAAAUACUUAUACAAACCCACUCGAUACAAGCAUUCAUACACAUUUGAUCAAUCAUGAAAGUUGCGGGUUUAUUAUUUUUGGCUGUGGCGACACUGGCACAACGCGAGAAUCCCUGUCCACCAGAACAAGCCGUUGACUGGACAAUUGAGAAGUUGUUCGCCCACGAAGAUUGCAAUAAGUUCUACCAGUGCACACACGGUUAUCCCGUUGAAAGAAUCUGCCCAGCCGGACUCCAUUUCAACGAGGCCGAAUCGAUAUGUGACUGGCCAAUUAACGUAAACUGUCAGCCGGCCACUCCACCAGAAACAGAAACCGAUGAACCAGAGUUAGCAUACCAAGAAAUAGUCAAUCAUGCUGCAUCAAUUCAGAACCUAUCAGACGAACCUGUAAUUGUUGAUGGGGAAGGAACCGAAGUAGAAGUCCUGCCAACAGAGAAGCCAGGCAUGGAAUUUCUGGAAAAUGGGUGCCCAGUGGAUCCUUAUAUUCAUUGGCUUGUGUCUGAACCAGAAAACUGCGGCGUUUUCUACUCUUGCGUAUGGGGCAACAAAGUUGCACGCUCGUGCCCUCCUAAUCUUCACUUCAAUAAAGAACUUCAGGUCUGCGACUGGCCAGUUUUUGCUGGAUGCAUAGGAAACGGAGAUAGUACAGCGGCCUAAACCAGAAAAUAUAUAUAUCUUUAAUUAUUGAUUUAGACUCAGAAGUAUGACUAUAAUUGUUCAAGAUAUAUCUUUAUAAUCAUAAGAGAUUAUUAAUUGUUUAACCUACCUACAACUUUACUACUUAUACUAUUUAACAACUACGUUUUUAUAUUAUUCUUAAUAAAAAUUGAUUGAACUUAAAAUAA